CCCGGCUCCCAUCCCGGCUGUCCGGCGUUCCCGCAUCACCGCGGCUCCCACAGUGCCACGAGGGAACCCGGUGGCCGAGCAGCUGCCCCCGCCUUUGGGCAGUCCCAGGGGAUGUUCCAGAGCAGUUCCCGGUGCUCCGACCGCGGGGAGGUUUGACCCCUUCUCACUUGCAGCUAUUCACCCGUGAGGGGUGGGGGAUUGUUGCUCCCACUUCCUUGCACAGCUCCUGCUUCCAGGAACCAAAUCCGGGAGCUAGAAGAAAACAGCGAGGGCUCAGAGAUGGAUUCACCAGAACGAGCCACAAUUAGAAGUGAGCAGAAAUCCAGAAAGUUCCUGAAGAGCCUGGUGCGGAAGCAGCCGCGGGAGCUGCUGGUGGUGCUGGGGACGGGCGUGAGCGCCGCGGUGGCCCCGGGGAUCCCGGCCCUGUGCUCCUGGAGGAGCUGCAUCGAGGCUGUGCUGGGAGCAGCCGAGCAGCUGGAGGUGCUGCACCCCGGGGACGUGGCGGAAUUCCGCAGGAAGGUCACCAAAGAGAGGGACCUGCUCGUGGUCGCCCACGAUCUCAUCAGGAAGAUGUCACCGCGUACCGGGGACACGAAGCCCAACUUCUUCCAGGAUUGCUUGAUGGAGGUGUUUGAUAACUUGGAGCAGCACAUCCAGAACCCUGUGGUCCUGCAGUCCAUCCUGAGGCUCAUGGAGAGAGGCACAAUGGUUCUGACCACAAACUAUGAUAAUUUGCUCGAGAUAUUUGGUCAGCAACAGGGCAAACCUAUGGAAUCUUUAGACCUUAAAGAUAAGGAUAAGGUUCUUCAGUGGGCGAGAGGCCACGUAAAAUAUGGAGUUCUUCACAUUCACGGCUUGUACACAGAUCCCUGUGGAAUGGUGCUCGAUCCCUCGGGAUAUAAGGAUGUUACUCAGGAUCCUGAAGUCAUGGAGGUUCUUCAGAACUUGUACAGGACCAAGUCCUUCCUGUUUUUGGGCUGUGGGGAGACUCUGCGUGACCAGAUAUUCCAAGCCCUUUUUCUUUACACAGUAAAGAACAAAGUGGAUUUAGAGCAUUACAUGUUGGUGCUUAAAGAAAACGAAGACCACUUUUUUAAGCUGCAGGCAGACAUGCUGCUGCACGGGAUAAAGGUGGUGUCCUAUGGGGACUGCUUCCAGCAAUUCCCAGAGUACGUCCAGGAUCUCACUGCUCAGAUCUGCAAGCAGAGGAGCCCAGAUGCUGAUCGGGUGGACAGUACAACACUGCUGGGAACUUCAUGUGUGGACUGUGCUAAAAGGAAGUUGGGAGAAAGUGGCACUGACUCUCCUAAGAGGAUCAAGCAGUCAGAUACACCCACUAGUGAAUGAAAAAACCCCAAACACCCAAAGCCCACCCCAGAAGCUUUUUAACAGUAGGUGUUUUACAGCUGCUGCAUGGAAAGUUUUGAGCUGGUAUUUCCAUGGUUUUAAGUGGAAUACAACUGUACAUAUUAGCCUUUCCUUUCUAAAGCUGGAAAUGUGAUGUGUGUGAAGCUGGAGCCACCAGUCACUCCCCUGGCACGGCCAGACCCUCAGGCUGUACCUGCAGGGUCAGAGACAAGCAGGUGCAGCUUCUCUCAAGCCCUUUGGACCAAACUCUGCCCAGGUGCAGCCACAAGAGAGGUAACUUUGGAAUCUGUCAACAAUGCCCUUUGGCACAGCAGCCUUUGAAACCAAGGGGUUUCAGUUCCUUUCCCAUCAGCUGGACUGUGGGUGGGCUGUGGAGGCUGGACUCCAGGGGUCUGUCAGCACAAGGCUGCUUCCAGGCUUCAGAUCCCUAAACCCUGAGGAACAGAAAGUGGUGUUCCAUGGUUAUGGAGCCCACAGCACAGUGACCCACCUGCUUUUCACUUUCAGCACAAGGGUUUGUUUUCCUGAGUCUAGUGAGGCAGGAAGGGCUGUGCCAGUGCUGUAUCCACAGGGACAGCCCUGAGGGCCACAGGGCUCCCUGACCUCUGUGCUGUGGGUUUCUGUGGACAUGUUUUACAUGCUGUUACACCACAGGCUGUGCUGCCCCUUGCCUUGGACAGCAGGUGACAGAGUCCUGCUGCAGUGGAAUGAAGCCCAGUCAGGAUCCAGGGAUGGAUCUGUAGACAAUUCCUGGUGGGGACCUUUGCCUUGGGUUGAACUGCUCUAAGGGUGAAGGUGGGGCACUGCAGCACCUCUUUGCCCCAGGGACUGGUACUUCUCCCACUGGAGCACCACACAGACACAAUUAUUACUUGAGUGGCUUGGAAAAGCUGAUCCCACAGAGGGGCAUAUUCAAGGCUGUUGGUGAUUCCAUUGCCCAGGGCUCUUUUUCUACUUCAUUCAUAACCUUUUUUUUUUUUAAAUGGGAGUAAGAUACUUACUGAAAACCAACCUGUUGACCAUGACAUUACCCUGUUUUGCUCAAGCUGUGUAAUGAAUUUGGAAGGACAUCUCUGAAGGUGACAUACACUCUCUCAAUAAAAUACUUGAAGUAAACUGUACCUGUGUAGCAGCU